AUGGCACCCAAGCCAUCGAAACGUUCUCUGCUCCCGUCCAGCUUCGGCGGAUUCCCAAACCAUCCAAGCAACCGUCGUCAAGCUCCGCCAGGGCCGCCUCCACAACGACAUGGCUCACCCAUCGACCCAUCCUCCUCUUCGCCGUCUCCUCCUCCACGUCGCGGUGUCCCUGCCGAUAGAGCUCGUAGCCCAUCGCCAGACUACGGCCCUGCGCACGAAGCAAUGCGCCGAGCAAUGAUUGGAUCCCGCGCAACUCCGGCGAUCAAUCUCACCGGCGCAGGCGUCUACCUCGACCAAGCAUUUCCUGAGCCUGCGCCCAUAAUGCGUCCUGUGUGGUUCGGAGAGACUGGUUCUGGAGUGGAAGAGAUGGCUGCUUCUUCAUACCCUUUCCCUCGCGCCACGACAAUUCACGGCAUGCCAACGUACCCGCCAAUCCUUCUUGAGGAGAAUCAAGACAACGAUGAUGUCGAGUCUGGCGCGCUAUCUCCUUCUCCGUCCGCCGGCGCGCCAACAUCACACCUUCCACCUGGAUUCGACAUCACCCAGAAUCCUUCGUACUUCCGUGGCCCUGUCGAUCCUUCCGGCUACGUCACUGUCAACGUUACCGUCAAUGCCGGUAAUGUGCCAUCGAAUGGCCCUACUCCGGCCGAAGCCAACAAUCAGACUACGGCAGCCUCUGGUGGCAUGACUUUCGCACUGGAUCCAAGCAGUCUUCUCCGCCAAGCCAACACCUCCGGCGGCAUGCCACCCAUGCGGCCGUCCGCGCUCGAAGCAAGCGGUCAACGCGGUGAGGAUGCGGCUUCCGGUCGUGCACCUACAGGUGAGCGAGCUUCCAAGCGCCGACGGAUGGGCGAGGAGGAGACUGUGCCCGGUGAGGAGACGAGAUCUUCUCGAAGGCCGAUGGGUAUGGGUGAGGGAUUGGGCGAGAGGGCAGACAGCCCAAUCGCUGAGCCGGGCUUGGGAGAUGGUGCUGGACAGCGGAAGGGAAAGAAGCGCGCUAGGAGUGAGGCUCGGGAGGGUGGAGACGGAGAUGGAGAUGGGGUGCUCGGAGAGAAUGAUCAGGACUGA